AUGCAAUGCUCAAGGCGUUUCUUCUUCCAGAUGUGUCUGAGUUUGCUGGUGUCCACAGGGUCCUGUAGAUGCAAGUCAUUGAACGAUGUCCUCCAAAGUGAAGAUCCAGAGGGCUUCGCUGAGACUUCCAAUCAGGACCUGGUUGAAGAGGAGGAAAUGGACUCCAGGUUACAGAGCUUUCUGGGAAACAUGAAGGAAGGGUUUCUGAGAAAACUCAACUUAUCAGAUGUCCCACAAGAGCACAGCAAGAUAUACCCACCGCCAUUCAUGAUUGAACUGUACGACAAGUAUGCCUCCGACAAGUACACUAUGCCUCGUUCUGAUGUCAUUCGCAGCUUCACCGUUCAAGAUGUUAGUCACUCUGCAAAAAAUGGAACCAAGUCAAAACACAGACUGCUGUUCAAUGUAACUGUCCCAAAUCACGAAGAGGUCACCAUGGCGGAACUCAGGCUAUUCACCCUGCUGGAUAAUAGGGCGACCUCAGCCUCAACCUCCACCAAUCAGAUCGGGGCUUCCAUAAAGGUCUAUGAAGUGGAGUAUAAAGGAAACAAUGUCACAGCCCACUUUGUGAAUGGGAAAGAGGUCGUUGGGGCCCAUCACUCUUGGGAAGCUUUCGAUGUGACCACCGCCAUCCAGAGUUGGGUCAAAUCAGGCCGUGGGGCCAGUGCAUUUGAGGUGGUGGUCGACAGGUGGGACUGUGGGCCUUUCAAAGGCGGAAGUUUUGACGUGAGCGUGGGUGCGGGGGAUAACCAGUCAGCUGCUUUGAUUGUCUUUUCUGAUGACCUGGGGAGCAGGAAGAGAGAGGCCAAGAAGGAGCUGAGGGAGGAGAUAGUCCAUGAGGAAGAGACGGUCUUCUCAGGGAGCGACUGGCAAGGGCCCGACUUCAAUGAGAUCCUUGUGGACCUACACCCCAGGCGGAAGAGGCAGGGGGACACCAGCUACUGCCGACGGACCUCCAUGCGCGUCAAAUUCAAAGAUAUCGGCUGGGACCAGUGGAUCGUAGCGCCCCCUGAGUAUGACGCCUUUGAGUGUAGAGGGGUGUGUUACUACCCCCUGACUGAGGACAUGACCCCUUCCAAACACGCCCUCAUCCAAACCCUGGUCAAUCUCAAGAACCCCAAAAAAGCCAACAUGGCAUGUUGCGUUCCCACAAAACUGGCCCCAAUCCCGGUCAUGUACCAGGAGAAUGGUGUCAUCACCUUGCGACAGAUGUAUGAGGAGAUGAAGGUGGCAGAGUGUGGAUGUAGGUAGUAAGAGGUAACAUCCAUGGUGGUCCCCUUUACUGUAAAUCUGUACAUUUCUGUUGUAAGAUGCUUUUGAGUUAUUUUAUUUAGUAUACGCUCAGAAAAUAUAUGAAUAAAACCUGUAAUUCAGUUUUUAUUAACUAUUUAUCAUUAUUGUAAUGGUUUUAGAAAACAAAAGAGAUGAUAAAUUGGAUCUUUAUGAA